CAAUGCGAGUUGUAAUUUAAAUGUAUAAAAUGCAAACUGAAGCGUCUACCUUGCCGGUAGUACAACUUAAUGUGAAUAAAAAAUCCGAUAGUUGCAGAAAAUCCAAGUCCAAUUCAAAGAGCUCCACGCUGGAAUCCAAGAAGCUCUCCCCUUGCAAAAACACAUUAUUUACAUCGAAUAGAAAAUGUUUAAAUCCUCUGCUCGGUUUGUAUAAGAAUUUAAAAUACAGCAAUUUACUUCAUAAUACCUGUGUUAUAUAUAUAUGUAUAGGUGGGCCUUAUAAAAGCAGCAUCAAACAGCAAUCGCUAUCGGAUGAACCAAAAUCUAGCAAUAAAAGUUUCCUCGGACAGAGGGUGAUGUCCGCAAAAAUACUUCGCUUCAAACAGCUGCAAAACCAGUUAGCCGAUGCGCAUUAUCAUUUAAAUGAACUCGCGAAUGAGAACAGGUUACUGAAAGCAUUGCAGAAGAAGCAAGAUUCCGCAUUGAGGCGUUACGAGGGAACGAAUGCGGAGCUACCGAGAAUUAUAAAUUCGCAUCACGAGGAAUUAAGAGUACUUCAAACAAAGUACAAGAAAUUAAAAGAACUGCACAGGGAUACGUGUAACUUGCUGAAGGAGAAAGAAAAUGAGCUUUACACCAUAAAUUCACAGAACAAGCAUCUACUGCAGCUCAGUAAAGAUCGAAAUCUUGGAGAAAGGGAAAAGUUGCAGUUACAAAUAUCCGACAUGAAUCAUGAGAUGCGGCAGCAACAGGAAACUAUACAGAUACUGCAUAGGAAGCUGGCACUUGAAAGCAAGAGCCUGAAACACCAAUUGCACGUCGAAAUUUCCAAACACAAGGAGACACAGAAGAAUCUGCAGGAAGCGAUAGAGAAAUUGAAAACCCUGGAAUGCCUGUUAGACAAUAAAGAGAAAAGAUUAUAUUACAACGGUCAGUUGCCAGUCUACAACAAAGAGAAGAACCUGGGCAGUCAUUCUUCCACAAAUCUCAGCGAUAUCAGACCGUCCGGUAGAAAUAAGAAAAGUGGAAAUGAUACGCCAAAGGACAAUCUGCCACUACUCGAUACCCUGGAAUCCAAUGACGAUGAAAAAGCGACUGAAGCAAAGAAUGUUAACCGUGCGGGAGAUCGAUUGAAAUCGGAAACAAUGGCGAGCCUGCACCAGAUACGAAAGUUCCGGCUGCAGAAGUCGCCGCACAUGCGUAAGCACGCUCAUUCUAUGAGUGAUUUGAGGCUCCGAUUUAAAGAUCCGGAAUCGGAGACGCACGGCAGGAACGAGAAGAUCACGAUGUACCAAGACGCAUCGGUAGACCUGAAGUCAACGCCAGGGAGGAACAGCCUCGGCAAUGAUAAAAAUGAAAGUGGCGGGUUGAGGAAAUUAUUUAAUAAGAUGAAGAGUCGAGCCUCGCGAAAUCUGCAAAGAGAAAUGGAGCUCGAGUCCGAUUAUUUGUCCGACGAUGAUACGGAGGACGAAAACGCCGACGAGCGUGAUAUCGAGUACUACUCUGUUGAUAGUGCGAAGAAAUCCAGAGAGCUAUAUGCAAGGUUAAUUAACGGCACAGACGAUACGUCUGAUGCUUUAUAUGGUACGACGAAGAGGAUAAACACCCAUUACAGCGACGACGACGACGACGAAGAAGACGAGGAGGAAGAAGAAAGAGAAUUAAGCACGCGGUUAGCGAAGGAUUUGGUGUUUCAGAAACGCAAGUACAAAAGCAAAUCAGACAUGUUGCGUCAUCGCAGAGAUGAACAAUUUCACGACAGCGACUCCGAAGCUGAUACCGAGGGAAAGGUGGAUGGAAACGAAGGUUACUCUUCGAGAGAAUAUAAAGCUGAUUUGUGUGGCGAAAAACAAUUCUCGAAACCUUUUGAUAACACCGCUCAUCCGGAGUACAACGCUUCGGAGAUCGAAGAAACGUCCCAAUCGAGAAGUCUGGAGCUACGGAAGAUCUCUAACGUUACUUUCGACGUCGUCAGCGCGCCGAAAAAUGUCGAGGUUUCCGCACAGACUUCCGAGAAAACGUGGUCGAGAGGGAAUAACAGUGCGAAUAACUCUUUCACGGACAUCAGGAGGGAGAAAUACAAGGAGGAAAACGGGGCGAAAUAUUCGGAAAGUAAGCCGAUACGCACCGAAACGUCACGUGACAGCAUUUACCGCGAUACGUUUGAAGAAAAGAACGCGUACAAGGAAAUGAAAGGUCUGUCGAGUCCAGGAAGAGAUGUUCAAGAUGGCUCGCGGCACGAGGAAUACAAAACGAGAAUGGCAAGCUCCACAGAGGCGGAAUAUGCGAACACUACGAUACCUAACGAGGACAGAGCUACGUUCAGUCAUCCUGAGGACGACGAUCAUUCCAUGCAUAAUUUAAUAAAAGAAUACAAGGAAAGGCUUCGAGUGGAGGAAGCACCGAGGCAUUACAGUGACGAGGAAGAAACAUCAAGGGAAAACGGUUUUAAUGUGGAAACAAUGAACAGAUUGAACGGUUCAUUAGAAGCGAGGGAAGAUGUUGAUGCAUUACCUGAUAAUGUGUCAGGUCAGACUGAACGAGCCGGUGACAUGGGAAUCGCCGAGGUGACGGACGCGAAACAAACCGACACGAAGAGGGUGAUGAAUUUUAACAAAGAGAAGCUCCUGGCAUCGAUGAAAGCCAUUGACGAUAACGAGAAUAUCGAGUUCCUCAAUCAGGGCUUCAAGAAUCAUAAUGUAGUGAGCAGAAUGCAAAUAACGCAGAAUCUUUAUCGGGGCGUACCUACGCACUCAAGGCCGAAGCGCGAUGUAAUUAAAGAUAUAUUCGAGGAUAAUCACAUAGAAAAUAAGGUCAGAGGUACUUGCAGUAAAUCCCAUUGAGAGAGAGAGUUUAGGGACAACAAUAGAUGGUGAACGGCACGAAACUCGCUUUCCACUUAUGUUCCUCGAUUCUACGAAGCUUUUAGCGCGAAUACAGCCGAAGGAUGGAAUAUCCAAAGAAAGAGAGAGAGAGAAGAAAAAAUGCAUUAUAUUUUUUCUAGUAUACUGAAGUUUUUAUCAAUAUCUGUCUGAAUAUGUCACGAAAUGUAAAAUAUAUUUUU